AUGGUGGGAACUGAUCUCAGGCAGCAGCUCAAUAACUAUAUCCAGUCCAUGCGUGAUCAAGGAAUACUGGACAGCCAAUUUCAAAGCGUGCAAGCUUUGAAAACUGAAGAGAAUCCUCACUUUGUCUUGGAAACCAUCACUGGAUUCUGCAGUGAUGCUGACAAUGGCAUUGCACAGAUGACCAGAUAUCUGGAAGGGCCGGUUGUAGACUUUACCAAUUUGACUGGUUUAUCUCACUUUCUAAGGGGAAGUAGCUCAAGCAUUGGUGGUGUUCGAAUGGCCCUUGCUUGUCGUGAUCUCCGACGUGCUAGCGAAGCCAACAACAAACAAGGGUGCAUUGAAGGCAUGGCCAGGCUCAAGCAUGAAUACAACUCUCUGAAGGAAGGUCUCAAUAACAUUUCUCAGAUCGAGAGGCAACUUAUCGGCAAUGCUCAAAGGGGACGCCAGUAGAGAGCUGGCCUGUAUUUGCUCCUGGUGCAUCUAUUGAAGAUCAAAGAGAAGGAGCAUCUACUGAAGAUCAAAGUCUCCGUUUCUAUAUGCUGUCUUUUAAUUCAAUAAAUUGGCUCACUAUAAGUGUGUCU